CCCGCUCUCCCCCUUGACGGAUUCCUCCCCUCGAGGCCCCGCCCCGCGGACUCUCGCGGCGGCGUUCUUGGAAGACUUAAUCGCUCCCUGGAAGAGGCUCUUCUUGGAGCGCGCGGACGCUGCGCGCUGCGAUGCUCUCGCCGCCCAGCCUUGGCCCGAGGCUCUUCGUGCUUUCUUCACUACUUGCCGGCGUCCUGAGUGAUUGUGGCCCUCCACCAGUCAUUCGUAAUGGAGUCCCUCAUAAGAAUAUUGAGGGCGCAUCUUUCCCUCCAGGCUCAACGGUAAUUUACAAGUGUCUGGGCAACUUUUUUAAUGUCUAUGGAAAAGUAGAUGUUGUAACAUGUCUUCCAGAUUCGAAGUGGUCACACAUAGAACAGUUUUGUGUGGGCAGUUGCAUGAGCCCACCAAGGUCCGCAUUUGCUCAAGUAAAGAAAGGGCAAAGGAAGGAUUACUAUAUCGCCGACACCACUGUGGCCUAUAUCUGCCGCCAAGGUUACGACACUAUCCCUGAAAUAACUCCUGUUAUUACUUGUCGUGAGAAUUACACUUGGACAGAAAUCCCAGCUUUUUGUAAAGGAAAAUCAUGUGGUGAUCCAGGAAAACCAGAACAUGGUGAUGCUGUUAUUCUAACUAAUCUCCUGUAUUUGGCAAAAGUAAAUUUCACAUGUGAAGAUGGGUACACAUUAAAUGGAUCACCUACUACUCAGUGUCAGUGGAAGAAAGAUCAUGUUGAAUGGAGCGAGAAGCCUCCAGAAUGUCAACGGCUAAUUGAGAAACCCUCAGAAGAUGGUACAAACACAACAGGGCAAGCUGUGCCACCAUCAGGAGGCAGUGCUACAAAUGCUACAGGUGAUUGCACCCAUCUAAAUGUACCUAAUGCUAGCCUAAGGAGUGGGGAUCCAAAAGACAGUUAUCCUGAUGGGACUGUUUUGCAGUACCGUUGCAUUCCAGGUUAUGAGCCUAUUCCUGGAGUGACUCUUUCUCUUACGUGUCUUGCCACUUCAAGAUGGUCAACAGAAAAUCCAAAGUUUUGUCAAGGAAGGCUAUGUCCUGCUAUAACUCUUGAGAAUGGCAGAAUAAUAAAAGCAACAGACUUGCGACUAGGUGAUGAAAUAACUCUAGGCUGUAAUGAGGGGUACAGAAUAAUAGGCCAAAAUACUCUUCGAUGUUCCCUUAUAGACAGCAAAGUUGUUUGGAAUAGAGAACUUCCACUUUGCCAACGAAUCCCCUGUUUCCCCCCUCCUGACAUUGCCAAUGGCGUACACACUGGCAGAGGUUUCCAUGAGUUUGACCAUGGCACAGCAAUAACGUAUACCUGUAACCCUACUUUCUCCCUUAUUGGAAGCCCAACCAUUACGUGUUCAACUGCUGCAGAUGGUAUAAAUGGAGAGUGGCGUCCAGCUCCACCUGAAUGUAAAGUUGUCAGCUGCAGUAGACCCUCUAUUGUGAAUGGAGGAUUGACAACUACAUUUCGACCUACAUAUGAAUAUAAUAAUAUUAUAAUGUAUGUUUGUGAACGUGGACACACUCUGGUGGGGAGCGACAGUAGUAAAUGUGGGGCUGACAACAAAUGGCAUCCUCCUCCUCCAAAAUGUCUCGAGGGUAUUUUCACCACUGUUGUUCCAGGUCAUGGAAAUACAACUUCUAAUACAGCUGGUCCAGGAACGGGGGGAGGAGGAGGAGCAGAAGGAGGAGGUAGCACCCUGGACCCUGGAAUUGCUUCAACAGCAGACAAUCACUCAGGAUUUUUUGGGGGAUCUACACACAGUCCAGAGACAAAGCCGCCCAAAGAUGACACAGCACCUAACCACUCCCCAGGAGUUAUUAUUGGAUCUGUGGUGGCUGUUAUAUUGGGGAUUUGUCUUAUUGCUGCAGGUUGGAAAUACAGAUCUUGCUUUAUAAAGGGAAAAGCUGACCCUUCUUCUUGCAAUGCUGAGUCUUACCGUGCAGUUGCCACUCACACAGAAAUAGGAAUGGAACCCAAAGCCUCCUGAUUGCAGUAGAGCUGUGCUCCAGUAAGCUUCCAGCUGAUAAUUAAUUCCCAGCAGUUCUUAUUUUGAGAACUGAAAAUGAGAAUUGAAUGAAGAGCUGCAUGGAAAAAGCCAAAGCAAUUUUCAUUAAAAACUGGGCAUCCAGGUUAUUCAGCUACUUGAAGCAUGAAGCAGUAUUGGGCCCCAAGAAAACUCUGAUCAUUUGCACUUAUUGUUUUUGCAUAGAACUUGGUUGCAACUUCCUUUGCAGGAUGUGUUUUAAAGUGCCUCAAUCAAAUACAGAACCAAGAAGAACUUAUUACAGUUUGUUUCCUAGAAUCUUGUUCAUCGCUUGAAGGAGAGGGACAAGUAAAGCUGUUAAUAUUUACCAAACAUUUGACUUCCACAAGCCUUUCUCAUGAAGAAUUGUAAAAGUUGUCUUGAUUUCCUUACAUGAUCUUAAAAAGUGUGAACAAAAGUAACAUGUGCCUAAUUGAAAAUACUCGUUUUCUUUUUGAUAUAUUUUCAUAGGCAAACAAAAACUCUGUGUACUUAACCAAAAAAUCAAGGGUCACGUUUACAACAGCUUAAUUUCAGUGGAAACAGGUCAAAUGAUUCUCCUGUUAAGAUCAAUGUGAGUGAAAAGUGCAGUGUUUCCGAUGGUUUGAACUAUAGCUUGUUACAGUCAUGAAGGUAACUUGUUUGUUAUAUGCUGUUUUAAAAUUUUAUGUUGAAUUGUGCACUUCUUUUGUUUAAAUUGAUUAACUAUGUAGUAUGUAUACAGAGAGAAAAGUUGUUUCUCUUAGAAUGUGUGCAAAUAAACUAAAAUAUUGAAUAAAAGGCA